ACCCGUAGCAGUAAAGGACGACAGAGGCAGAAACCCGACCGGAUCGUGCGAGCGAGCGAGCGAGCGAGCAGCAGCAGCCGCAGUUUCGUCUCUUUCGUCCCCUCCCAACCUCAAGAAUCCCAUCCCCGUCGCACGCCUCCAGAAGUCCAGAGUCCAAUCCCCAGCCCCCAGCGCAGCUUCCCACCCUCCGCCAGCCAGUUCGCCGCCGCCGCCGCCGCCGCCGCAGCGCCGCUCCUCACGUCGCCCAGGUGGAAUAGAGAUCUGCCCGGGCACGGAUUGAUUUCUUCUCGUGUUGGAUUUGGUAAAGUGGUAUAUGUUCACCUCUACAUGGGACCAUUCGCAUCAACAGAUACCGUCCUGUGGAGAUCAAUACCAGCUCUCAAGAGAAAAGAGGAGGAAGGGGCUACAGCAGGAUGGCAUGGUAGUAUGCAGGGUUGACAUCAACAGGCACUGGUUUACUCAAGGGAGAUGAAAAUAUGUAUUUGCCCUCCUUUGUUCAGUGGGGGCUAUAUCAAUACCUAAGCUGUCAGUAUACCUUGUUUUGAGUGAAAUCAUGGCUCGGAGAGGAAAUCAAAGCAAAAGUGGCCCCAAUUAUGCUUCACCUAACUGUCAAAAUACAGCUGAUGGUGAUGUACUAAGUACCCCAAAAAGGGGCGCAGCGGAUAUUGAAAAUCCAAGUUCACAUUUUCAAGGCAGAUUGAAGGGUUCUGAAGGAAGCAGCGACAAAAAAACAGCUAAAAGCAACAAAAAGAAUAGCAGAAACAGUAGCAUCUCUUCCUUGGGAAAAUCAAAUGACCGGGCUUCAUAUAAACAGCAACAAAUGGAUACCAGUUGUGAUAUGAGCAGUUCAGAAGAAAAUGAUCUGCCAUCAAGAACUAAAAACAGAAGUGGUAGCAAGAAAUCUUCAAGGCGUGGCUUUGGUAAAAACAUUUUGUUAGAGCAAACUUCAUUGCCUAGAUUGGCAGAAAAUGUUUUGGAGAAGACCAGGUGCAUGGCUUGCAUGGCUGCAUCCAUUUUUAGAGCUUCCAUGAUGUAUGUAGUGGAAGAAAGCAAAAGAUUCAUUGACAGACAAAGGCCAACAAUCAACACUCUUAUGGCUAUUGUAAACAAAGGGCAUGCCUAUGCCUUCAGUAAAAUUGAGUAUGUUUAUCCUAUAGUUCGAGCAUGGAUGCUUAAUGCUGGAAGGUUGAUGUUGCUCCUGUUGGCGGUUUGGUUGGACUGCAAUGUAAGGGGCUUUGAUUCUUUGCUACGACUGGGGACAAAUUCCCUCCUUGCAGUACUUUGGUGCAGCAUGCUAUCAAUUUUUGCGAUGAUUGGGAUAAAGAAAAUGCUCGUAUUCAUGGUGAUUGCUGCUUCUGCAGUUGCCUUUAUUGGUCUAGGUUUUGGUAUCCUGCUUAUCUCAGUGCUUGCAGUGGUGAUUUUGUGGUUUUAUGGAAGCUUUUGGACAACAAGUUCUAUAAUAAUUAUUGGAGGUGCUUCCUUUUUCUUGAAACAUGAACGAUUAGCUCUCUUUGUUACCUGUCUAUAUUCGAUGUAUUGUGCAAGAAGCUACGUUGGAUGGCUCGGGUUACUUUUGAGCCUCAACCUGUCUUUCUUUUCUAGUGACAUUCUAGUGCAGUUUCUGAAGAACAAAGUAGACAAUAAAAAAUCCAAUGGUUCUUCAAGGAACUCGGAGCAAAGCUCAGGUAGAUCAGGCAACAUCUUUGAAGAAUUUCAACAAGCAUCUGCUCAUAGCACCUCCCAAUCUGGAUAUGCUCAAGCCUCUGAUCGAGGCCCUGGUGAUCCUUCAACAAAUGGAGAUGAGAAAGAGUUGACCUCUGAAGAUGAAGUAGCUCGUUUACUGAACUGCACCGAUCACUAUUCAGCAUUAGGUUUCCGUCGAUAUGAAAACAUAGAUGUAUCAUCACUCAAGAGAGAAUACAAGAAAAAGGCUAUGUUAGUCCAUCCUGAUAAGAAUAUGGGCAAUGAUAAAGCUGCUGAUGCAUUUAAAAAGCUUCAAAAUGCAUAUGAGGUUCUUCUUGAUUCUUUGAAACGCAAGACAUAUGAUGAUGAGUUAAGGAGGGGGGAGCUCUUGAACUACUUUAGACGGUUUCAGAGUGUUCCCCAGAAGAAUGGAAGAAAUGGCAGUUUUCAACAUGGGUUUAGCCCUUCUGAAGGUGUUGAUGAAGAUCCUUAUAGUCUAUCAAGAAGAAUAGCCUGCAAAAAAUGCGGUGAUUUCCAUCUUUGGAUUUAUACAGGAAGAGCUAAAUCACAAGCUAGAUGGUGUCAGGACUGCAAGGAGUUUCAUCAAGCUAAAGACGGUGAUGGAUGGGUUGAACAGUCGUUUCAACCUGUACUAUUUGGGAUGCUGCACAAGCCAGAUUUACCUCAUGCAUAUGUUUGCGCGGAAAGCUACAUAUUUGAUGUCACUGAGUGGUUCAACUGUCAGGGAAUGAGAUGCCCAGCAAACACUCACAAGGCGAGCUUUCAUGUUAAUGCCAGCGUGACAAAGCAGAGUACUGGCAAGGGGAGCUCCUCAGCGCAGAGAGGUGGCGGGAUCCCCAAUGGUGCAAACAUGGAUGGAGGAAUCAACGAGGAAGAGUUCUUCGAGUGGCUUCAGAAUGCUGUGCAGUCUGGCAUGUUCGAAACUACGUUCAGUGCGCAAAGCGACCCACCUCCUCCUGGCAACGGAAGCAACGCCAAGGGCAGCAGUAGUAGCAAUAGUAGUAGGAAAAAGAGGAAGGGCAAGAAACAGUGGUAAGUGAAGCAGGUUGGGGUUGGCGUUCAGUCCUCAUAGAACAGAAAAAACAAAAUAAACGUUUUUGAGUAACAAGUUAUAUGCAGUACAGCUUGGAAAAGCUGGUCCUGGCUCCAUGGUUGGUACUCGGUCCUAGCUCUUCAGAGGGCGCCCUUGAAAAUCCUGGCACCACUUGGAAGCUAUAUUACUCUAUCGUCCUGGCCAUUGGAACCUGCUUAUGACUUGCUACAAGCUACAGCUGAAAUGCAAAAUGCAUGUCGAUAUGUCAA